UUUUGGUCACUGGUCGUGAGUUGAGCAAGGGGGGCGUAAAGUAAUCCGCCAUUUUGUCCCCGAGACAAUUUAGAUUUAUAAUUAUUUUAAACCUGUGUGAAUAUAAUUAAUCCUUGUAUAAAAGUGAUAAUUUGGAGGCUGUGCAGUGUUUUGAGGAGCUGUGAUAUUUGUGUCUCCAGUUAUUUUUGUUUACUUUCAUCUUGACGUUUUAUAACUGACCGAUUUUGACGUCGUAUAGAGCUCUAGAUAAUCAAAAUGGGCACAAGAGAGGACGAAUACGAUUAUUUGUUCAAAGUGGUCCUAAUAGGAGACUCGGGCGUGGGCAAAUCCAGUCUUCUCUCUCGUUUCACUAGAAAUGAAUUUAAUUUAGAGUCCAAAUCAACAAUAGGCGUGGAAUUCGCAACAAGAAGUAUAGAGGUGGAUGGCAAAACCAUAAAGGCCCAGAUAUGGGACACGGCCGGGCAGGAGCGGUACCGCGCGAUCACGUCCGCGUACUACCGCGGCGCGGUGGGCGCGCUGCUGGUGUACGACAUCGCCAAGCACCUGUCCUACGAGAACGUGGAGAGAUGGCUGCGCGAGCUGCGCGACCACGCCGACCAGAACAUCCUGAUCAUGCUCGUUGGCAACAAGAGUGAUCUCAGGCAUCUUAGAUCCAUCCCAACAGAAGAGGCAAAGGCAUUUGCGGAAAAGAACGGACUUAGUUUUAUUGAAACUUCCGCUCUGGAUUCUACUAAUGUGGAACCUGCAUUCCAGAAUAUCUUAACUGAGAUCUACAGGAUCGUAUCGCAGAAGCAGAUGCGGGACCCGCCCGAGGGCGACGGCGCGGUGAUCCGCGCGGACGUGGAGCCCGCCGAGCACACCGCCUCCGACAGCGUGCGCCGCCAGUGCUGCCAGUAGACAGAAUGUCCAGUCAAUAUAUAAAAGCCGGAGAGAAAACAGUUGGAAACACUGAACACAACCAUUAUGAAUCAUUCCCAGACAGUGGUCUCACAGUCGCCCACUCGUCCGUCAUCACAACACUUCGGCACGGCUGUCUUCACGGCCUCAGCAGAGGAAAAUAGGAUCCUUCGUUAUAUCAGAAUAUUUCAUUGUUGACCAGCCUUACGUCUAAAUAGACCUGUAUUUAUUAGUCAUGUCGUUGUCUGAGAAAAUGUACCAUUUUCUUGGUUGUCAAUCAGGCGCCGCUGGCAUUAAGAUGCAUUAUGAAAUCGCCCUUAUUUCGUCGAUCUUGUUACACAAAAAGUGAUUAUAAUAAUCUCUUUUCGAUUUAAGGUGGCGGAUUUAUGGACAUGAAUGACAUCAAUCUGCGUAGAUAUUCUAAUUCAAUAUUGACGUAAGAGCAAUUAUAAUUGAUAUUAUUGUAACGUUUUCGUGUCCACUAAAACAGAUUUUUUAAGAAGUGGCCUAUUUUUCUCCUUUCGUGAAGCCAUAUCACAAUAGAAGUAAUUCUAGUCGCAUAUUGACCGGUUGAACAUCGGCAUGGUGCUCGAUGCACAGCGUGCGUGUGUUCAAUACUCUGCUAAAAUGACUUGUAUUGUGGCCAUAGAGUAGAGCUUUCGUUUUGCGACAAAUGUGAAGCAAACUUAAACAGCAAAGAGUGGCGCAUGUAGAUAGCUUGUAUAAUUGUCGAUUUAUCGGUAUCUAGUGUCCGAAGAUAAAUAAUUGUUACAGACUUUAUGAACUAGAGAGCUUCAGUUCGCACUGAAUGAUUUGGCGCUCUUAACAAGUGAUUUAAUAUUGGAUUUAAUGUUUAUUUAAGGGAGCAACGUUUUUCUUUCGACUUUAGUUUAUAGUUCAUGUUAUAUCUAUUUAUUUAGUUAAUUAAUCCAUAGUUAUCUCAACCAGAUUUACUUGGCGUCAUGCUAAUAGAUAUAUUGACAUUUCCCUUUAUAAUUAAUAACAGAGCAAUAAAUUCGGGAGAACGAAAUUUAUAAUUAAUGUUUAAAAAGAGUAACUGUUAAAUAGCACACAAAUAAAUAGCUUGAUAUUUAAAAUGUCUUAUUGUUUUCGUAUUACACUAGCGGUAGUGUCGAGUAAGUAACGAAUAGCUUUUUUAAAGGGACAUUUCUGUUUACGGAUAUUAUGUGCCUUGGACAUGGCUGGUCAUGUACAUUUUUAUUAAAGCUUUUAAUUAUUUUUGUCCUUGUUCUGAAAAACCGGGUGUCGGGUCGUCGCGGGCCGUACACGGAAACAGCAUUCAAUCGAUCACAUACAAGCUUGUUGUAAAAACCCAGUUUAUUAGAUCUUAAAUUCAAAUAACAAUUUAAUAAUUUUAUUGUAAGUAAAAUCAUGUUCAUAUUAUGAAUAAAGAAAUAAAAUAAAAAAAUAUUAUGAAAAAAAAAAUGAAGUCAACCAAAACUUUUCACGCAUCACCCUAAAAGUGAGAGAAUUAAUAAAACUGACAGGCGAUUUUGGCUUUUCGUCAAGCAAAUGUGUCCGUGUACGGUGGAUGGAAUCACAGGGAGUUGCAAUAAGGAGCCGCGGGGCCGCGCGGGCGGUGCAAUACUCAGCCGGCGGCCACCGCCAUAUGCAGGCCGCUGAUGCAUUUCAGUCGCCCGCCGAGACCGCUCACUCUUUCAAGGCUUGUUCGUAAGUCUUUAAAGCACGAGUACUUUGGAGACCUGAACAUCUUCACCUGUAAAUGGGUACAGAUGCUUUGCACAAUUACUUUCCAUCGUAUCACAGAAACUUACGAACGCGUCUUGCUAUUUCAGUGAGUCUCGGUACAAAAUGCACUGACAUUGACUGAAAUAGUAUGACAAAUACGAACGUUUCCGAGAAAAUGCGAUGGAAAAUAAUUAUGCACAACAUCUGUACAUUCAAACGCAUAAUAAAAAACUCGCGCAUAUCCUAAACGCAUACAUCUACACAGUCUCCGUUCCAUCAUGGAUGAAAAUAUCGCAUAACAUAAUAUUGUAUUAUAAACUUUAAGGAGUGUAAAAUAAGGUUUAAAUUUGAAAAUCAUUGCGGAUUCGAUAGAGCGUCCCGUCGAUACCCCACGGCUCCGAACGCCGUUCUGCCGUUGUGGCUUGGAUUAUUUUCGAUACAUGAAUAUGCGGUGUUCGUAUUAAGAAAUAUAUAAUUGUAUUAUGGUCUUUACAUAUGCAUGGUUAUUUUUUUAGUGCCUAUCUGUAAUUACUUUAUUAAAGACAAAGAUAAUAAAAUAUAAUGUAAA